AUGUCAAUCCCACUGACGCGACUGGGCGACAGAGCCUUCAGUCAUAGCGAAAACAAUGAUGUAGAAGCCGAAUAUGACCGACUGAGGGACUUGGCUCGACAGGAGGCACGGAAACGCGGUGAAUGUUUCGAAAGGUCCCGCCAAGCGUACGAAAAUGGCGACGGCGCCGAAGCCAAGCGCCUCUCCAACGAGGGCAAGAAGCACGGCGCCAACAUGGAGCGCUAUAACAAGCAGGCUUCGGAGUACAUAUUCCGGGAGAACAACAACCCGGAGCGCGUGGCCGAGGACACCAUCGACCUGCACGGCCAGUUCGUCGAGGAGGCCGAGGACAUACUCGAGGCCCGCAUCCGCGACGCCCAGGCCAGGGGCCAGAGGCACCUGCACGUAAUCGUCGGCAAAGGUAACCACAGUGCCGGCGGCGUGCAAAAGAUCAAGCCCCGCGUCGAGCAGGUUUGUCGGGAGCUGGGGCUCGACUAUGCAACCGAAGCCAACGACGGCCGCAUCUACGUCGACUUGACCGGAGCCAAGGUCGGGGCGCCGCCGCCGCUGCCGCCGCAGCCUGGUGGUGGGUACGGUGGUGGUGGUCACGGGCCCAGUCACGGAGGCCAUCAGCCUCAUCACGACGCUGGCUACGGCCAGGCUCACCAUGGGGGCGGCCAGCAUCAACAACGCCCACCGCAACAGCAGCAACAGCAGCAACAUCAGCAACAGCAGCAAGACGACGAUCUCAUUGUACAAGUUACAGGGGUAAUGGAGGGCGCACAACUCCCCAAGCUCACCACCUCCCUCAAUCAGGGUACGGUCGAGGAAGUUCCUCAAAAGCUCAAAGAGCUCUGGAAUAUCCUGACAACAUCAGAACCUGACAGCACACAUGCCUCUGAAAAAUUUAUACUGAGAUGGCUGCUCAAGUCCAUGGCUGGGUCUUCUACGGACGCCGAGACAAUCCGGCGAUACCCGUUGACAUGGACCUUGAUGGGCUGUCUUUUCAGCCGCAUACCGCUUUUUUCUCUGGCAAAGGCUCUCGCGGAUCGGAGGUUCAUGGCUAUCCUUCAGCAGACCUUGAAGAAUAUUUCAAGUUCUGACUUGCAGGAACCAGACGGCGAUGUCGAGAUGCAGGAUGCGCCAAGCUCUAUCAAAAAGUCUCUGAAGAGGAAGAGAUCUCAGGAGAUCGCGUUUGACCUGAGUGUUCUGAAAGCACCUUUGUCGCGACUGCAAUCUACCGAACAGGUCUUUGCAGCCUUGAAAGUGCUCAUAUCUAGGAUCUCAACAGAUGCCAACGACAAGGCUAAUGAUCGGAUGGGAGCAGAGCACAUCCGAUCUCUGUUUGGUUGUGCUACCAAAGAUGCUCUUCAAAUGAUGUCGGCAUCUUUGGAUGUUUGCAAGCUUGCCAUUGCCGAGGAAACUUCCGAAUGCUUGGAAGGUCAAGAAUCCUGGAUUAACACGUUGGCUUCAAUAUGGGAGCUGCACAUGCGAAGUGGUAGCGAUGCCCGUGACUUCGCUCUACAUAUGGCCGGACCCAGCUGUUUGGUGCUCAGGAACCUGGUUAAGAUGGACGGUUCUUCUUCCUCUACAUUCAAUAGGGGUGUUGCUAAGGCUUGGGAGAGAGACCUGCAAGGCCUGAUAACCAAGAACCUCGUCCUUCCCGCUAGGUCCGAGUUUUUUGUCAAGAAGGGAACUGGAAUCAUGUCUGCCCCCACCAAUCACCGAAGCGACCUCUCCGCCCUUUGCCCUGUUCUAUUUCAACUGGUUCUACAGGCGCCGCAACCUAUUGGAGGUACCAGUAUGAAGAAAGAUAACGAAGAGUGGAUCGACGCUGUCUUUUCUGUACUUGAGGAGCGCAUGAAGACGCUGGCGACUGAGCAGAGGAAUUCUAUAAUGCAAGAACUUCUCGCGUCAGCUCUCGACCAAAACUCCUCCCCAAAGACUUCAACAUUGCUGAAUGUCUGCAAGGAAUAUGCUCUUGGUGACGACAAGGUAGACUGGGCUAUCGUGUCUUCUGUUGCGCAAUGUGAUCCUGAUGUCUUCCUUACCUCUGAAGAUGGAAGGAGCUUGUUGGACACGAUUCUCAACGAGGCACCAACCGGAGCUGUUGACGACAAAGAUACCUACGAGGCCCUCUGCUCCACGAUGUUAUCUCUUGCAAGUGGCUUUGUGAGAGCUCGAGACCUUUCUAAAUUUGUCAAGAAGUGGUUCGAGCGCUUGACGAAUUGCUCCAUCCGCAAGAGUAUGAAAACCACCGAAGGAAUAUUUUGGCUCGACUCUCGAAUUUCUCAGGCGGUAUCGAGCUAUAUCCAGGAGGCAUUGACCACCAAACAACUGGCCGAUCUCAUCAACGAUCUCAGCCAAUCGAACGAUACCCCGGCGGAAGCAGCUCGCGCAGUUGUCUUUGAUGCCAUCUGUCAGGGCAUUACCAUUGACGACUUUUGGGAGGCCGUUGGCACCAGUCUAUUUGAAAGUGUGUGGGCUUCGCCGACCAACUUCAAGGCCUCCGAAGUGUCUUCUGCACAGCGAAGGAUAGCAGCCAAGGCCUUCACCUGGGACGUUGCCAAUGAUCCUUGGGAGAUGACAGGUACUUUCCUACGGUCUAGCCUCGAUCAGCCGAAGCUGAAAACCCCUGCUACCUUUGAGGCUUUUCGAAGCGCUAUUGCAGCGUGGAACUCCCGUUAUGCUGGUGAAGUUGUCUUGCCUCAGGAGAAGUCCUUGUUGAGCCCCGAUGGGGUGAUUUCAGGGUUUAUGCAAGUUCUUAACGAAAAGCUAUUAACCGAGGAGCUCAGCUUUGAUGACGCCAUUUUGCGGCUUCGCCUGGAGAGCGACAACCUCAGGAAGGAAUCGGAUGUUUUCAGCUUACUGCCCUUGGGAAAGGUGUCAGUGACUACUUAUCUCGCAUGGAUUUUGUUCUAUUUCCCGAAACUGCUACAAAUGCUGCAGUCGACCAAUGGCUUAGCCGACUUUGUCAAGGCGGUUAUAGCGUUCCUCGGUCGAUCGAGCGGGACAACUGCUUCGCCAUCAAGGCCAGCCUUUGAUGCGUUUGCUAAAGCUUUGACUGAAUCAUUCGCAGAUAUCCCAGGUGGUUGUCUAUCAACAACCUUUGUGGGCCCAGUCAUAGAAAUCUUGAAAUCUCCAGACUCGUUUGGUCAACCAACCAAGCCAGGGGUGGCUGCAGCGAGAUUAGUGACCAGUCUCAGCAGUGAACGACUCCAGCGUGGUGACAGAGAACGGUUGAUGGAAACUGUUUACACCCUCGCAAGAUCUCAGACUUCUGCUGAUUUUGAUGGGCUUUCUUGGGAGUCUCUUCUGGGGCUCAUGGUGCAGUUGAUGGCAAAACCUACCUUCUACGCGGAAAUGAGCAUUCAAGGACUUCUGGAAAUCGGAAAGCUUCUCAAAAAGAGAAUCCGGAUGGAUAAGGCAGAGCUGUUCCAGGAAUCGCGGACAGCGGUAGCGUUCAAGCUAUACGGAGAAUUGGCAUAUCUGACUUUUAGACAAAUGUCCGUUUCUGCUGGAGCCAGAGAGACAAACUUCAUUAAAGAAGUCUGGCCAGCAAUUUCCAAGGCACUCAGGAAGAAAGGCCGCGACACUGACAUAGUCCCAUUGACAUUACUUACCGCCUUUGUGGUCGCCAUUCAACAAUCUCCCGUUCAGGACCAGCUCUCACAAGAGAUUGGCUCAUUGGAGGAGUCAAAGGUAGAACUGUCCCGGUUGGCAAUUCUUGCGAUGGAGGAGCACUUCAAGGGCUCCAAGAAGGCUGUUGAGUUGGAUCUGGAAACUCUGAUAAAACUUCGAGCCGCCUUUAUGGCCGCAGAAGUCAGUUGGAGCUCCAGUAAUCAAGACGCAAUAGCAGCAAUGCGCGAGCAAAUCAUUGCGGCUACUUCCGAAAUCCGGAAAGCCGAUGUUGAGAUCGGCACCCUGACCACCUCUUUCAUCGCAGGCCGACUGGGGCAGGGGCAACAUGGCUCUGUCGAUGAGGGGGGAUCUUGGAGUGCAGGAGACUCGGGCAAGAAUGACCGCUCGAAGCUUGACAUCAAGUCCAUCAUUAAGAGUGUGGACAUGACAAUUCCAGACGGCGAUGAUGCCGCAAAAGCAGCUUUCAUCCGAGACCUGGUGUCACAUCUGCAGAAUGACAGUAACAGAGCCAUAAAUCUUCUCACCGCUAGACGUGUGAUUAAGGCCGGCAUAGAAGUAUCAUCUGCCACCGAUGAAUCGGCCGUAGUGCUCAGCAUGGUUCAGAACACGCUCACACAACUACUUGUCAGCGCUGGCUCAGUCAAUGAGUUUGUUGACGGAGCUCGAACAAUUUACCAAUUACUUGAAACGAAGUUGGCCUCAGUCACACAGUGGAACGUGGAGCACACCUUGAGCAGCAUUGCUGUCGUCUGUUCGGAUAACGCUAUUAACGCGGAUGUGAUCCGUUCUUCGCCCAAGAUGUAUGAGUGGCUUUGUCUCAUGAUGGAAGUGGUUCUGAAAAGACACCGCCGCCGUCUCGAAGGUCACCUCCAUCUUCUCAUCACCGUGCUUCAGGCGCUCCUCACUUGCCUGAUACUGAACCCAUAUGAUACCACACAGGGGAGCUGGGCAUCUGGACCGGUGUCGGGCAGGAAGUAUGAAAGCUUUCCGUACUGGGAGAGGCAUGCCAAGAUAUACGGUCGCCUGCUUACGUUGGUAUGCGAACCGAGCGCCGCUUCGGUGAUGCGCACCCACCAGCACGGGACCAGCGCUCCUCUAGACUCGGCAACGGACGCGGCCAAACGCUCGGCGGGCCAGUACAUGUACUUGGUGCUGAUGCACUUUAUCAAACUGCAGCUAGAGAGCGAUGUACCUCAUGCGGUACGGGAGGCUUUGGUGCCGGGUAUCAAUUCGAUUCUGGACGUCACGCCACCUGAUAUGCGCAAGGUCAUGGCCGAUGCGAUGGAUGCUAGCGGCAGGGCGAUUUUCAAGGAUAUUUACGAGAAAUACCGGAGGUUUGGCAAGUGGAGGGGCGCUUAA